AUGGCCGGCACUCGUGUGACUUACAGACGCCGUAACGGCUACAACACCACCUCGAACCGGACCCGUAUCGUCAAGACCCCUGGUGGCGAGUCGCGCAUUCUUCACAUCAAGAAGCGAGGAACUGCCCCCAAGUGCGGUGACUGUGGCACCAAGCUGCCUGGCGUCCCCGCCCUGCGCCCCCGCGAGUACGCCCAGAUCUCCAAGCCCAAGAAGACCGUCCAGCGAGCAUACGGUGGCUCACGAUGCGGUAACUGCGUGCGCGACCGUAUCGUCCGUGCCUUCCUCAUCGAGGAGCAGAAGAUCGUCAAGAAGGUGCUCAAGGAGGCGGAGCAGGGUCCCAAGAAGAAGUAA